AUGUCCAACAACACUGUCGGUACCGUUUACGAGCACAUCAUCAACGAGGUGAUCAACGCUGUCCGCGUCGACUUCGAGGAGAAUGGCGUCGACGAUAGUGUUCUGGAAGAACUGAAAAAGGGAUGGCAACACAAGCUGUCCCAGCUCAACGUUGCUCAGUUUCCUUGGGACCCCAAGCCUGAAGCACCACCGCCGGCGCAGGCCCAGCAGAGCACUUCCGCUGCCGUUAAUGCGCAGGCGGCUGCUGUUGCCCAACAACAACAGCCAACACCCAACUACACUCAGUCGACCGUGAGUCCACAAACGGCCGCUCAGCCCCUGUCUAUGCCUGGCGGCCAGCCCAACGGCAAUGGCGUCGCUAUCAAGAAUGAGCCGGGCAUGGCGAACGAGUCUGCCAUCAAGCAAGAACCGGGCACCAUGCAGCCCAUGAUGCACCCCGCCUACCCUGGCAACAACGCCGCUCGUGGUGGCAUGGCCGCCCAGCGAGCUGCCCAAGCCAUCGCAAGUCGGUACGGAUCGCAGGCCCAGGCUUCCAUCAACGCUAUUCAUCAGCAAACUCAACAGCCUCAGAUCCCGGGGCAGGCACCACAGCAACAACAGCAGCAGCAGCUCAACCCACAGCAGCAAUAUCAGCAGAAUAUGGCCGCCCAGAUGCAGCAGCAGCGCAUGGCACAACAGCCUGGACAGCUUGGACAGCAGCAGCAGCAGCAGCCUCCCAACCAGCAAAAUGGUCUUGGUGGCGCACAGGUUGAUGGCCCGAGUGACGGAUUCGACGGUGUCCUAAUGCGUCGCGAUGCGGACGGCAACCCUGUCGAGAUGGGUCGCGUCGAGAUCGACAACCUGCUCCACGCCAAGCUCCUGGAAAGGGCCAAGGAGAGGGAAGGAGGUGGCUUGAUGCUUCCCCGUGCCGCUGCUCGCGGUGCCGGUGCGAAUCAGCUUGAUGGAAAUGACGAGGAUGACGAUGAGUUCGAUGAAGACGCUAUCAACUCGGACCUUGAUGACCCUGAGGAUGAAAGGGAUGAUGACGACGAAGAGGAUGAGGCUAGUGGCUGGAUCAUGCUCUGUCUGUAUGACAAGGUCCAGCGCGUCAAGAACAAGUGGAAGUGCACCCUCAAGGAUGGUGUCUUGACUGUCAACGGCAAGGAAUACGUCUUCCAUAAGGCCAAUGGCGAAUAUGAGUGGUAA